UAGUGUAGUUAGUGUGGCAGCCAUUAAAACAGAGUGCAUCAUAUUACAGUUAAAUUUGUUGGGUUCGUGAGUUGAUAUUUGUUAUUUUGGGCGAAUGCAUGUAUGCAUUAUAGAAUUAUCAGCUACCAAUUUUUGAGAGAUAUGGUCAAAAUUAACAGCAAUGGCACCCUUAGGGAUAGUUGACAAACAUCAUGAACAAGAAUUCUUAGCUGUAAUGCAAUCCUACAUGCUGUGGGAUACUGGUGCAGGAGCUGAUUGUUCCCAAAGUAGUGGCUUGCGUGUGCUAGGGCUCAUUCAUGCAAAGCAUGGGACAGCAAUUACAGAUUACUUACUUAGCCAGUUGAAGGAAGCACAGAAUGAGAUGGCCUGUCAUUGGAGCUGUUUAGGACUGAGUCUGACUACUACAGGAUCGCGUGUGGACAAUUGAAAUUCAGCCUUUAUCAAAGUGAUAUUAUUAUGGGUUAAGGGUUCUGCUAUAGGCAUGAUCAUUCUUGGAUCCAGAUCAAUGCAAGCAAUUGAAAAUAUGGUUGCGCAAACGAAGAGCAACUGUAACGUCUUAACGUAGAAUAGAAAAUUGAUGAAUAACGAUAAGACACAUUUUGCUCAAACUGAAGAUUCUUUUUAAUGUUUGACAUUUUUAAUGUAAUGGAUUAAAAAUUAUUGCAAUAUCAUGCGAGGUUCUUUAUAGUUCUCUAUAGUUCGCGCAUAAAGGUAGACUGACAGGCGAUUAUUAUAGCGAUCUUUCAUAGCGAACAGAUCAGCUUUAUUAUAAUUAGUUUAGUACAAAUUACUUUUCUGAUUAAUCAAAUAAUUUUAAAUACUUUUUCAGCUUAUCGUAGCUAUUCAGCUAAUCGUAGUUAGAUCGUGCAUUUUUAUGCACUCGUGGAAAACUUAAAUAUGCAAGAAUAUACAUAAACGUACAGAAUAUAUUUUCAAUAAAUAAAAAGGUUACCAAAAAAUAAUUCUAACCGUGUGUAAAGGUUGAAACUGACCGAUUCCACAUUGAUACCUAAAAUGGCAAGUUCUAAUUCAGUUAGUGGAGAGUUAUCGAUUUUAAUCAGAUGUGGCACUCCUGUUUCAUCCGGAAAGAUCGUAUAAUUGUUUUCCGCUAACACCGUCAGCAACGCAGGAUAAACUGAAAGGAAAUUGUUUUUCAUUAAUCAGUUACUCGAUUUGUUCGUGUCUAGAUCGAAUAAUAUUCUGAUACGAACUUAAUGCUAUUCCAGUUGCCAUUGCUGUUGUCGUGGCUCACUAUGCACACCGCAAUAUAGUAAUCCGACUUCUUGGCUUUCGCGUUUUGCCGCUUCUUUUUAUAGGUUUAAG